UAAGAAUAAAAGGUGUAGAAAUAUAGGAUUUUUGACAUUCUUGCUUAUGGGUUUACAAACCGCUGAGCAUUCAUGUCGGAGAAAGAAUUAUUUUUUUAAUGAGAGCUUUCCAAAAAGAUAAAAAAUGAUGCAAAAUUCUUGGCAACGACACUUCUUGUUCAACUGCAAGAUGUUUAGAAAAGGAUUCAUUUGGCGGUCUUUACACAGAGGGGCUCUGUUUCAUGCAUACUCUCAAGCCUUCUUUCCAAAAAAGCAGAAUUUCCAAGAAGCCUUAUUUACCAAAGAACAAAUGAACGAGUUGGAAACUUUCCUUAAGCAAAAUUGGAAGCCGACAAAGGACCAAGUGGAAAUCAAGUUUGCUCGUAGUAGUGGUCCUGGUGGUCAAAACGUAAACAAAAUCAAUACUAAAGUUACGGUCUCGUUGCCUUUGGAGAAUUUGAGACCCAUUUUCCCGUCAUUUUUACUCAGACAUAUUUGCACAUGCCAAGAGCUUCGAAGAUUUCGUGUGAACGAUCAGCUACAGAUUCAGUCUCAGGCAACAAGAACACAAUCCAAAAAUAUUGAAGAUGCAUUAACUCGGCUGGCCAAUUUACUUCAGGAUGUAGCAAAGUCACUAUAUAUAGCUCCUACAUCGCCCGAAAAGAAAAAGAGAUUAUCGGCUCUCAAAGAAUAUGCAAAUACUAAACGUCUUGAUGAGAAAAAGAAGAAAAGUCUCAAGAAGUCGUCACGUCGUGUUUGCAUCGAUUAAAGCUUCAUCCUUUUCGCUCCCAUUUUUAUUUAAUCACCAUCUUUCCUUGACUCAUAUAAUGAUUAAUGUAUAGUAUAGUAUCAUAAGAUUCUCAUUCUCAUUCUCAUUCUCUU